AAAAUGAUGGUGAGAAUAAGUUUAAUAACGACUAUCAGUCAAUGCUAAAUUAUAACUUCUUUUAUAAGCCUAUAAACCAACAAUCUAACAGUAUAUCUAAUGAAACUUGGUCUAAUAAGCUAAAUCAGCUUAGUUUGAGUAAAACUCACUUAAAUAAACUAGUACUCGACUAUCUGGUCAUCGAAGGCUAUACGGACGCAGCCAACAACUUUGCAAAAGAAACUGGAUUAGAUAUGACGAAAUCUGAUAUAGAUUCUAUCAAUGAGAGAAGGGACGUUAAAGAUUACAUAACUAUUGGUGAUAUACACAAUGCUAUCAGUACGAUAAAUGAAAUAAAUCCAGAUAUACUUGAUCAGAAUACUGAGCUUUACUUUAAUUUGCAAUUGCAACAACUAAUUGAAUAUAUACGACAUAAAGAAAUUAAUCAAGCGCUUGAAUUUGCUCAAACAACCUUAUCACAAAUCGCUAUAACGAUUCCUUCACUUUUACCUUCGCUUGAGUCAGCUUUGACUUUGCUAGCAUUCAAUAGUCCGGAUAAUGAACAGUACGCUCAAGCGAAGGAUGCACCGGGAAAUAUCAGACAGCUGCUGAGUCAAAGUCAACGCGAAAGAGUAGCAAAUCAAGUGAAUACAGUCAUUUUAGAAGAUCAAAUGCAUAGUAAAGAACCUAAAUUAGCUGGUAUUUGUAAGUUGUUAUCUUGGGGUGAAGACGCACUCUCUUCUAGAGUCAGCUUCCCUAGGUAUCAACCACCAUUACACAAACACGGCAAAAGCAAUCAGCAAAAUGACAGAGAUAUGGAUGCUAACAAGUAUGGUCAAUUUGAUCAACAAAUGCUCACGUAA